AUGAUCGGCACUUGUUUUCGCAAUAACAUAGAAAUAGGAUCAGUUAACAUUGAGUUUCCUUGCCGACUGGAUGCCCUUAGCCCACUCACAGAUGAGGAAAUAUAUGGCACAGGAGUCAGUCUCAAAGAAGAGCUCAACGAAGAUGUCACCAAAGAGACAUAUCUAGAUAUUAAGGAAGACCCUUUUGAUUAUACAGAUGAAGGGAGGGAUGAAGGUAGCAAAGUGAAAGUGGAUCUUCAAGAGCUCAGGCAUGAAGCAAAUGAAAAUGACUUGUGUAUCUUGAUUCAGGAUUCCACUGACGUUGACGACAUAUGUUAUAAGAAAGUCCAUCCUAUUAAUUUCAAUGACAAACCAUACAGAUGUCAAAUUUGCAACAAGACCUUCACUGACACAUGUAGUAUAUCAAGGCACAUGAAAGCACAUACAAAAAAGAAGCCAUACAACCGUAAAAUUUGCAAUAAGACCUUCUCAGGGAGAGGUCAUCUAUUGGAUCACAUAAGAGUACAUACAAAAGAGAAGCCAUACAAUUGUAAGAUUUGCAAUAAAACCUUGCGAACCAAAAAGAAGUCAAACAACUAUGAGAUAUGCAACAAGGCCUUCUCAACCAAAAGUGGUCAAGUAAGACACAUGGGUGUACAAAUGGAAUAG